AUGCCUGAUCAUUUGCCGAAAAUUGUGGGAGGGACACUGGAACAGAUUCUGGCGCAGCCUACUCUUGUUGGAUAUUCAAGUUUUGGGGAAUAUCAAACCAUCGGGCGGUUGACUGAUGCUGAAGAAAGUGCGAAAGCCAAAGUCACCCUGUCAAUCCACCGCGACGUUCAAUCCGGGCAGAGACUCUUGAUCUGUCUCCACCUACCUCUCAAGCGCCGUACCUGGAAGAAUGUAAGAUCCAUCUACCUAGUCAUACCCGUUGACGACCUGCAGAUCAAGCCCGAAGUCCUAUCUGCCCGCCAUGUUGCACGACUUCGCCCCGAUCAGCUGAGGAGAAAUGGCCUUGAUCUCGACAGUAAGCUUCUUCAAGUGACAAUGACGCUUGGAUGCCCCGCCUACGCCGUCAUGCCUUCGUUUCCAACGGGACCGCACACGCCCCUAGACGGCUUACAACAGCAGCUGCUUUUGCAUUGGCGGAACUUGUCAGCCAGCACCCACAUGGACCUCUACCUCUCCGAUGUGUCAGCCAUCACUAACUUCCGCACAAUCGAAACCCAGCAAUUCAUCACACCCGAGCUUGAUUUAGACCACAUGUACGAAGGCUGCCGUGGAGUGAAAAAUGACUGGGCCCAAUACCCCUGCGAUGACGACGCCAGACAACCCCCAGGUUGGAAUCCGUGCCUUGAUCAACCCCCACCUUACCAUGAAGCUGCACCCCCUCCCGUCGACCGCAUGCCCUCACCGGAUGAGAUUACCUGGGGAACAUCACAGCCUUUCGAUGAAACCAAGCUGUUCAAGGACACCGGUGCUAUCUGUCGUCCCCAGAAACGCAAGGCAACUGAAGCCUUGGCCGAUGACGGAAACUCGUUCCAAGACGUAAUCCCAGGCACGCCCACCGAGGCGGAUUCCAGCCAAAAGUCGACGCAUUUCGGAGACAGUCAUCCGUCACCACAUCCGUGGGCUUUGCAGGCAACAGAAGUAGAGGAGGCCAUGAGAUUGUCCUUGAUCCGCCGCGGGGACGCGGCUAGCGCCUCGAAGCCCAUCAACUGCGCCUUACUUCAGGAACCCUGCCUCUUUCUAGAGCUGCAAGAGUGGAUCUUGAAGAUGUGGGACUACGAUUCGAGCGCGCACGACAUGCACCGCGAUGAGCUCCUCAACUUGGGCUCCUAUGCACGCAAGAACCUGGUCAGCCUCUUCGAUAGCACCAAGGCGGAGAUGCAGCUCGAGUUUUUGGAGAAGGUGUCCCAAAGGCUGGUCGUUCCUGGCUUACGCACGUCCAACCUUCGGCUUGAUGCGAAACACUUCCACAGCUGGCUCGAGAAGCGCAUCAACCGCAAUGCCGUGACGCUGCUGGCUGAGCCGUUGAGGGACAUGCACUUCACGCUGAGGGAGGCUGUGGUGCGGCAGGUGGAGGAAAGCGAGGCUCGGGAUUUCUACGAACAGAAGGCGAAAUGCUGCGCCAUAGCUUUUGUCACGUUUGGUGGGCGGAUGUAA